CCGUGUUUGAAACGCUCUACACGGUGCUCUUGACGGGACCGGCUUCACUCGCUUUCUUUUCUAUCCGCGUCCAUUAUAGUGCUAUGCUCACUCCCCCAUCUCCUUCUUCCUCUCCUUCCCUGAGCCCCAAAGACACCGUCAACACUCGCAAAAGACAACGUUCCCAAUCGAUGCAGUCUGAGCCCUCUUCAUCCUCCCCAAAGCGGGCCGUCUCCGAAGACCCUUCGCAGGAUAACGUGCGGGCGUCCCAGUCGCAAGGGGUCUCAUCACUUUCCAUCCAAGACUCAGACGUUGAUGCGUACAUGGCGGAACAAGGAGAGGACCCGUCUACGAAUAUCCUUGGGCCUUCGAAUACGAUGGCCACAUCUUCGCCAGAGGAGAGGCUGAGCUCGGUGGGGUCUCUCAUCCAAGCACCUAUGCGUGUCGGUGAUACGUGGCACGUCGUCUCGAGCUCAUGGUAUCGGCGAUGGCGGAAAGCCAUGGCGAAGGAGGUCGACAAGGAAGGUCCGGUCGACGAAAAAGACCUCGGUCCAGUCGACAAUACCGAUAUUGUAGUGGCUGGAGGAGAGAUUAUUAACCAAAUACUGAGUGCAGACGAUUAUGUCUUCGUUCCGGAACAAGUAUGGACGUGGUUCACCGAGUGGUAUGGCCAAGCUCGGUACGAGCUACCCCGUAAAGUCAUAGGGCGGGGUGAUCAGUCGGAACCCACCCUCGAACUCCAUCCGCCACGGCUCAAGGUGCAUGUCCUCACGAGCAAUGCUGUUCCAGGCGUUAGUAUGCCACCGCACUUCGUGGCUGUCUCAGUCAAAGACACAACCGAGGACCUUUGGGAAAAACUCGCAUCGUCUGUAGCCCCUGGCGAUUCACGUCACCUUCGGAUCUGGAGACUACCGGAGGGCGAUUCGUCUUGGGAUCAACUAUCUUGCAGUCCGGAGCAGCUGAAGCAACGCGGCGGGACGAUGCUCAGUCGUACUCAAUCAACGGUAGAGGAAGAGCUCAUAGAGGCGGGGGAUUCGUUCGUCGUAGAAUUCAAGGAAGACGAGAAGUGGAUUGUCGAUGCGAAGGAAGUCCCCGCCCAACCUGGUGGCGCAUCGACCUCGAACUCCCAAUCAACUGUGACACAAAUCACACCGAAGCUUUUCGGUGCGGAAGCCGACUUCUUUGACCUGAUUCAGGCGAGAACUUCCCCGACAAGUGUGAGCAACGUCGCAUCGUCUCCUGCGAAGGCGUUUCUAUCGAAUGCGUCAAAUAGGAUCGGCUCCUCUGCUGUCGCCACACGAUCCAAAGGUGGGGGAUCGGAACCAGGUACCCUCGGGUUGGGAAACAUGGGCAAUACAUGCUUCAUGAACUCCGCGCUACAAUGCUUGGUACACACCAAGGAACUCGCGGACUACUUCCUCACCGGUGUCUUCGAGGAGGAGCUUAACCCUGAUAACCCUCUCGGCAUGGGCGGCGCUAUCGCACAAGCUUUUGGUGCAUUAUUGCAGCGCAUCUGGACGCCGGGUUCCGGCAGCACAUCCUACUCGCCUCGAGAAUUCAAGCAAGUGUUGUCACGCUUCGCUCCCCAGUUCAGUGGCUAUCAGCAGCACGAUUCACAAGAAUUGGUCGCGUUUCUCCUUGACGGGCUGCACGAGGAUCUGAACCGAGUGUUGAAGAAGCCGUAUGUGGAGAAGCCCGACUGGGAAGGUGGGGGAGACAAGGAGUUGGUCCAGCUUGCAAACGAGUCGUGGCAAGGCUACAUGAAACGGAACGACAGCGUCAUCGUCGAUCUCUUCCAGGGACAGUAUCAAAGCACGCUCGUCUGCCCAGAAUGCUCCAAGGUCUCGAUAACCUUUGAUCCGUUCAUGUACCUCACGCUUCCCUUGCCAAUCCAGAAGAAAUGGCGGCACAAUGUCUAUUACAUACCGUGGGAUGUGACGAAACCCCACGUGAAGGUUCCUAUAGAGAUCAACCGGGAUGCAUCGUUCAAAGAGCUACGGCAGCUGCUGGGACGGUGGAUGGAAGCCAACCCAGACAAUCUGUUGACGCUGGAAGUAUUCAGUCAUCGAUUCUACAAGAACCUGGACGACACCGUCCUGGUGGGAGACAUGGCCGACAACGAUAUCAUAGUCUGCUUCGAACUUCCUUGUCAUGCUCAACAGAGCAGGACGUACAAGCCCAGUCCUGAGGACCCCUUCAUUCUUCCCGUCGUUCUGUGCGACACGAACACGCCUAAGCGGUCGUUCGGCCGCAGCCAGAACCUCUUCGGGUAUCCCUUCGUCGUUGUUAUCACGCAUCAGCAGGCGAUCGACCCGGACGCUAUGUACGACGCCGUCGCCGAUCGCUUGCAGCGGUGGACGGAGAACGUCCGCGACCUCUUCACUUGGGAGGCGGGCUCUCCGUCGUCCAUGGAGCCCGUUCAGAUCCCUAUCGCGGGUAUGCCAGCUGCAGACUCGCUUACGGAGAUCAUCCCAAACGGCGACGUGAUCACUGUCCACGAGACGGCACCGGAGGAGGGCGACAUCACUGACGAGAAGGGCACUAUGGUCCAGGACGACGAGAACAUGGACGUCGAACUCGAUGGCGAACCACGCAAGAUUGGGUUCAAGCGCAACAUCUUCAAACUCUAUGUCCAGGCUGGGAACGAGAAGUUUGGCACGGGCAUCAGUCACAAUUCUAGCCAGGGCUUCGAUUCGUUCGAGCAGCGCAUGGAGAUAGCGAAGAAUAUGUCGGGCGAGGAUUCGACUCCCGAGCUCUUGCAGGAGGGUGACGCCUUCUUCUGCGAACUUGACGAGAACAUGAAGGAUUACUACUUCGGUGGCGACCGCCUGAAGUUCGAACAUACGAAGUGGAGCAGCUGGACGGAGUUCGUGCAUCCGGAGUACACUGCGGGUCGGGAAGCGGCUGCUGCCAAGAAGACCCGCGGGAUCUCGUUGCAAGACUGUCUGGAUGAGUUCACGAAGGAGGAGCAGCUUGGCGAGGACGACCUGUGGUACUGCCCGCGGUGUAAGAAGCACCAGCAGGCGACGAAGCGGUUCGAUCUGUGGAAGGUGCCAGAUGUUCUUGUCGUACAUUUGAAGCGCUUCAGCAACAGCCGGACACUUCGAGACAAGAUCGACGUCCUUGUUGACUUCCCUGUGGAGGGCCUGGACAUCUCAAGCAUGGUCGGCGAGCGCCAGGUCGCUGAGCGCCUGAAAGAGCAGGGUGUGGACAUCACACAGCUUGACUUGGGCGACACCGAAGAACCGCUGGUGUAUGAUCUCUACGCUGUUGACGAGCACAUGGGUGGCUUGGGCGGCGGACAUUACCGUGCGUACGCGUACAACCACGUCACCGACAAGUGGUACCACUUCGACGAUUCAUAUGUCACCCCUGCCCACGCUGACGCUUCUGUGAACGCCAACGCCUACCUCCUCUUCUAUCGCAGACGGACAAGUCGACCUAUUGGCGGCAAGAGUCACGAGAAGAUCGAGGCCGCUCGACAAAAAGCCGCGGAGCUGCCUCAGCUUGAAGAGGACAGCGUCGUUCAGCUGCCCACACCUCCGUCGGAAUCCAACCAGCUAGACGCUCUUCCUGCGCAGAGAGAUUCAAAGCUCCCGUUUUUCACGGCAUUGUCCCUUGUGGCGGACUCCUACAACAACGGCUGGCCGACACCCCAGUCAAACGCACGCUCGUCCCCCGCUUCGUCCCCGCCUCCGCUCGAUGACGGCGAGCCGCCGUCGUUCGAUGACGCUCAGUACGACGACCUCGUGCAGACCCCGCUCGACCCGCUCGCACUGGCUACACAUCAGUUCGAGUUCCCCGAUCCGUCGUCGUCGUCCAGGAACUCGCCCACGUCGUCUAACGAGGCGGAGCCCGAUCCGGACCUGGACGGCAAAGACCCUUUAGAAGGGUGGUCGGGCGGUGAUCUUGCGAGUCAAUUCGGCGAGACUCGAACGAUCUCCAUAUCGUUCGACGAGUCCGACGACGAUGUGCCAGCAAGGGGGCCGAGGGUGAAGGGGGUGAAUCGCGGCUUGCAGACGAUGCUUGGCAGCCAGAUGUCUGUGUCGGAUGACGAGACGGAUCCGUCUGCCGCCGUCGGAGAGGCGAGCAGCGCCAUGUCGGAUAUUGACACGUAGGUAUGAACCGGACGAUGCUGUCGGUAGCUGUCGUGCCGCAGCAACGGGCGUUGCACACGCACGCACGGGUAGAUUGGCAGAGGACUCUAUGACUCACGACCAUGAUCGACAACACCUAUACUAGUAUUGCAUGUAUGAUAGACCAGAUGCGUGUAUUAAGCUACGACGUCAAACGCUUUGAACAAUGCACUAAAUUAGGAUGCCCGGUCCAGGCGUUCUGACUGACCUCC